AUGCAUCCUGGCCCUGCGCAACGACUCUGGUCGCAGAGCCGCAUGGCAUCGACCUCGAUGCACCACCUGUACCCAUUCCCGACACAUGCGCACCCGACCCCGCACCAGAUAUUCCACCUCCCACCGGGAGCGUCCCAGAAGGAUAUCAAGGCGAGAUACUACGAUCUCGUGCGUGUGCACCACCCCGACUCCCCUAUGUGCCGGAACCUGUCUGCAGAGGUGCGCCACGUGCGCUUCAGGUCUAUCACGGCGGCGUACGACGCCUUACGGGGAAAGGGGAAGCACGGUGCGAAUGCACACGACGCCGUCCGUGCGGAACUGGAGCGACGACGGAGGGCGCAGCGGAGGUCCAGGGAGCGUGCCGAGUUCGCUGGGGCAGCCGCAUUCUCUGAUAGUCCGUGGCAUGCUGAGGCGGAUGACCGCUGGAAGGACUGGCUUAUUAUCACCGCUGCGGUCAUGUCGUUGGCAGCCGGCCUCGGCCCAGCGCUUCUAUGGCCUGCUGCCGGGAUGUCAGACCGUCGACAUCAAGCAGCGUCACAGAACCUGGCAGAAGCGAGGAGAGUGGCAAAGGUUCAUGGCACCGAGCAACGACAGGAAAUCAGACGUCGCGUGGAAGAAAGCAAACGAUCGCAGUCUGGGGAAGACGGAUCGCAGCCGCAGCUGGAUAACUCUUGA